UGUGAGAUGAUACGAGCGGGCUGUUGAGGACAAGUCGAAUCCUUUGCUCGGUUCUGUUCCAGGCGCGUGUCCUUGCCCCCCUCCCUAUAUCCGCUGCUCAUCCAUACACUCUCACCUCCGGACACAGCAGAGCCAGCUGUGUCUCCUCGCAUGUAUCUAUCAUGACGGCUGAAGGUUUCGAAACCCUCAUUCGGGAUCGCUUGGAACACCCCACGCGGAGUUCUUGCGGCCGAGGGUGGCUCGAAACCUUCAGGCCGCCGGGGAUGGCGAGCUUUGAGCCGCCAGUGGGCUGUUUCCGUGCCUCCACCUUCCCCGGCCGGCCCUAAGCCAAUCGAACACCGGCACCCCCGCACGCAUCGAAAUCCCUACAAAAAGCCCAUUUCUUCUCGCCAGCCAUUCCUUUAGAGCAAUCCAUACACUCAAUCCAAUUCUCAAUAUGUCUCCGUCCGCUACCACAAGGUCCUCAGCCGGCCUCUGGCCUCAGGACAAGCCCAUUGCGCUGGCCAAUUCGUCCUUUGUACCUACCCGCCACGGCCACCCCGCUCCUGGAACCGUGCCCGAUGACAUCGUCCCGGAAGGAGAGAAGAAGCCCAAGCUCUUCGAGCAGGCCAAGCUUCCUCAUUCCGACCUGGUGCUCAAGAACAGGGCCGUCGUAUCUCCGAUGUGCCAAUACUCGGCCCGUAAUGGUGUUCCGACCCCUUAUCAUCUUGCUCACCUAGGCCAAUUCGCCCUCCAUGGUGCUGGUACGAUCAUGGUCGAGGCGAGCGGAGUGACAUCAGCAGGUCGUAUCACACCGCAAGACCUUGGGAUCUGGUCCGACGAACAAAUUGCUGCCCACGCCUCUCUUGUCACCUCGCUCAAGUCUUUUACCGAAGGUCUUACAAUGGGAGUACAGCUCGCACACGCUGGACGAAAGGCUAGCACGUGGAGUCCAUUCUACCGAGGUGACAGGAAAUCUCCUCACUACGUCUCGGAUGCAGAGGGCGGCUGGGAGAAGGACACAGUAGGCCCCUCGCCCAUUCCUUAUGGCGAGGGCUGGAUCACGCCUCGAGAGCUCACAACGAAGGAGCUGCAGGACAUCAUUCAGUCCUUCGUCGUAGCGGCCAGGCGAGCCUUCAACGAGUGCGGCUACGACUUUAUUGAGAUUCACAGCGCGCAUGGCUACCUGCUCGACUCUCUCAACUCUCCUCUGUCCAACAAGAGGACCGACCAGUACGGUGGCUCCUUUGAGAACCGUACCCGCGCUCUGAGGGAGAUCAUCUCACAGAUCAAGAAGGAGUUCCCUCACAAGAGUGUUUGGCUGCGAAUCGGCUCCACCAACUUCGCAGAGCACGUCGAGGACCCUUCAUGGGGAAUCGAGGAUACAAAGCGCCUUGCACAAGAGUUGGGAGAGGCUGGCGAAGUCGACGUCAUCGACUGCUCAGCUGGUGGUCUGGUGCCAUUCCAGAAGAUCAACCCUCGCCCAGGAUACCAGGUCCCAUUUGCCGAAGGCGUCUCCUCUCUCGGCAUUGCCAAGUCGAAGCUGCUCGUGGGCUCUGUGGGCAUGCUGGAGGGUCCCGAUGUCCACCAGCCUGGUCAUCUCGCAGAGGAGGUGCUGCAAAAGGGCCAGGCGGACCUGAUCUUCCUCGCACGAGGCUUCCUUGCGAACCCAAGCUGGGUGGAGGACUCUGCCACUCAGCUGAUGGGCACUAGAUGCGCAGGCAACCCUCAGUACCACCGUGUACACCCUGCCAAGAGGCCACCUCCUCGUGCGCAGAACCACAACUAGAAGGGUCGAGAAGUGUACGAUGAGCCCAUCUAGAAGUCUUGUGUAGAAUCAGUAAAUACGAUGUACGUCUUCAGCUAUCUUCCUAUCGAACUGGUCCUCUAUCUGGAACCUGCUCAUGACUGAAAAGUGUGGCGGUCUAGCUGAUGGAAGUAGCGGCGCCGUUCUGCCAGGCAUGGGAAUUCCCUCCCCUUCGCGCCUCAUACUGAUGGCUCACCUCCUGUCUCCGCGCUCCUUCCUCUUUC